CUUUUAUAAUUUGGUAGCCAACCUAUUUGGGUCAUGCAUAUUAAUGUGUCUCUUUUUCUGAAUGAAAGAACAUCUUCCUGUCGUUAUUCUUAGAACUUCAUACUUGUUAUUACAGAUAUUACUGCAGUCGCUUUGUUGCUGGUAACGCAUUUUAUCAGAAAAAAGCGCAAAACAGGACUACAUUCGGUCUACUAUCAGGUGCAAUCUGACGUGCAUAUGAAUAGACUAUAUUGUCGUAUAAACAAACAAACAAACAAACAAACAAAAAACGUUUCAGCAGAAUGGCAAUUGUCAGGCAUUUAGGUCAGGUACACUCCCAUACGUGUGUCCAGACGAUGCAUUUUCUUGUUCGGCGGCGCGUCCAGUUGAUUUUCUUGCUGUUCUGUUGAUCGUGCACCUUGCAUCCAGCUCGAAGACGCCGGAGAUGCAGCGUUGCUCUUAGACCUAGGAGAUAUUAAGCACCAAGCAAAUCUGUCAGGGAAUAACUUCCACGACUUUAAUGUCCAGUUACUAUUGAUCUGCUUUGUAUGCCAUCCACAUGCAACAUUCAAGAUAUUAUCAUCAAUUGUGUUGCUGAGAUCUUAACAGACUGAGGGUUCAUGCUCGAUAGAUAAUCUCGUAGAAGCGCACACCUACCACUAUGGCAAAUAUGCAUUCGUCGGGGACCCUCAAUCAGAUAUCCGCGUAGAGUAGAGGUGCCUUGAGAAGCUGCCGGUUCUGACCAGACCUUUCAGAUGACGAUGAAGAGCUGUGUCGCUCUCCUGCUUGCCACCCUGCCCAUCAUUCAUGCUGUGUGUCCUGACAAAGAGCCGGGCCUGCAGCCGUGGACCCCCGGCCAUAGCGAGGCCCACCGUGUCACCAUCGGUUACGGCCGCAAAGUCCUCCUCACCAGCUCAUGCACCGUCCACUCCAUAGAGAUCCUCAAUGGGGGAAAGCUUGUAAUUGCCGACACCAAUCGACCCGUCGUCCUGCGGGCCAAACACAUUCUCAUUGGGAACAAGGGAGAGCUUCACAUCGGGAGCCCAGACUGCCCAUAUAAAGGCAGCCUUACCAUAUCCCUCUUCGGGAGGUCCGACGACACUGACAUCGGGCACAGCUACUUUGGGCGAAAGUAUGUAGGCGUUGGCACAGGGGGUACGUUGGAGGUCCACGGCGCUAAGAAGCUGUCGUGGACGUUUCUGAACAAGACGCUGCACCCCGGCGAGGCCAAUGAGAACAGCUACCACUUUGAAAAGGGCUGGGGAAACAGAGGUAUCAUCGUCCACGUCAUCGACCCAAGCACUGGCCAGGUGCUGCACAAUGACAGGUUUGACACGUACCGGAGCAAAGACGAGAGCCGCCGCCUGGCUCAGCACGUGGCCGCCAUGGAGGACGGCAUGAUCCUCGCCAUGGUGGUCAACGACGAGGGCUCCAACAACCUGGAGGACACGGCCAAGAAGGCACUCACCAGACUAGGGAGUCGGGAGCUCACUCGGCUGGGAUUCCGCCAUCCCUGGAGUUUUAUCACAGUGAAAGGAGAUUCAUCCUCAGCGCUGGAGGACCGUGCCAUCUAUCAAGGCACCAAGGCUUCCUCAGAGGCCAAGAGCUCGCGCAUCUUCCAGACGGGUUACGGGGAGCACUUUGCGGUGACCACCAGCAGCCAGUGGGUGCAAGAGGCGGACUGGACUGACUGGUUCGACCGUGAUGAUGAAAGGGGCUCUGGAGACUGGGAGAAACUCUCUGAUCUCCAUAAGGCUUUCCCUGAGCGACUGUGCAGCAACCCACUGGACAUGGAGGCUGAGACCCAUGACGGCAUUCCGGCCAACAUGACAGGCGAGAUCUUCUCCAAGAAUGACAAGAUCUACGGCUUCGUCUGCCUCAACAAGGACCAGCCGGACGGCCUCUGCCAUAACUACAGAGUGCGCUUUCUAUGCGGGAAGCUGGUUCGCCCACAAGCGUCCAUCACCGUCGACAUGCUGUCCAACUCAAGCAUCCUGGAGCUGGCUGACGAGGCCCGUGGCUGGAGGGCGGGUGACCGCGUGGUGGUGGCCAGCACUGACUACUCCAUGCUUCAGGCGGAGGAGUUCGACCUGCUGCCCUGCCCAGCCUGCGCCCUCAACCAGGUCAAAGUGCAAGGCAAGCCGACCUUCGUGCACAUGGGCGAGGAGGUGGACGGGGUCGACAUGCGGGCGGAGGUGGGCCUGCUGACCCGGAACGUCCUGAUCCGGGGCGAGAUGGAGCCUGCCUGCUACGGCAACGAGGCUUGCAAGUUCUUCGACUUCGACACCUUCGGCGGCCAUCUCAAGGUACGGACAGGGCUUUCGGCGGUGCAUGUGGAGGGUGUGGAGAAGCACAUGGGCCAGCAGUCGAUGGGGCACUACCUGCACUUCCACAUGAAUGGAGACGUGGAUGAGAAGGGAGGCUACAACCCCACAUACGUGCGCGACCUGUCCAUCCAACACUUCUCCCGCGUGUCACUGUGGCAUGGAUCCAAUGGCCUGGUGAAGGACAUAGUGGGCUACGAGGCGCUGGGCCACUGCUUCUUCACGGAGGAUGGGCCGGAGGAGAGGAACACCUUUGACCACUGCCUGGGGCUGCUGGUCAGAGCCGGCACGCUGCUGCCCUCCGACCGGGACAGUAAGAUGUGCCGUCACAUCACCAACGGAGCCUUCCCGGGAUAUGUGGCCAAACCACGGCAGGACUGCAGUGCCACGUCCACCUUCUGGAUGGCCAACCCCAAUAACAACCUCAUCAACUGUGCAGCUGCAGGCUCGGAGGAGACGGGAUUCUGGUUCAUCUUCCAUCACGUCCCCACGGGGCCCUCUGAGGGCAUGUACUCUCCAGGCAGGACGGAGCACACCCCUAUGGGACAGUUCAUCAACAACCGGGCCCACUCUAACUACAGGGCAGGAAUGAUCCUUGACAAUGGAGUGAAAACUACGGAAGCCAACGCCAAGGACAAAAGGCCCUUUCUCUCCCUGGUGGGCGCCCGAUAUGGUCCACAUCAGGAUGCCGACCCCUUCAAGCCCCGAGUCCCUGCGCUGAUCCACCACUUUGUGGCGUACAAGAACGAAGACCACGGGGCGUGGCUGCGAGGAGGAGACGUGUGGCUGGACGACUGCCAGUUUGCUGAUAACGGCAUCGGCCUAACCCUUGCCAGUGGAGGCACCUUUCCAGACGACGACGGGUCUCGUCAGCAGGUGAAGAACUCGCUGUUUGUGGGCGAGAGUGCCAACCGAGGCAUGCCCACCCCUAUGAACAGCAUCUGGGGCCCUGGAGGGGCAGACCUGAGCGAGAGGUCCCUACCCAGAGGAGUGAACUUCCCCAUUCGAGGCAUGCAAAUAUAUGACGGGCCCAUCAACGUCCAGAAUUGCACCUUCCGCAAGUACAUGGCUCUUGACGGGCGUCACACCAGCGCGUUCGGCUUCCGACUUAACAACUCCUGGCAGAGCUGCCCCAACAACAACGUCACAGACAUCACAUUCGAUGACGUUCCGAUCACGUCCCGAGUGUUCUUCGGCGAGCCGGGUCCUUGGUUUAACCAGAUGCAGAUGGACGGCGACAAGACCACCAUAUUCCAUGACGUGGACGGCUCCGUCAGCGAGUACCCGGGGGCGUUCCUGGUCAAGGAGGACAACUGGCUGCUGCGCCACCCAGACUGCAUUGAUGUGCCCGACUGGAGGGCUGCCAUCUGCAGCGGGCACUAUGCCCAGAUAUACGUCCAGACACGCAACCCGGCCAACCUGGACAUGACCAUGGUGAAGAACGAGUAUCCCGAGCGGCCGCUGAAGCUGGUGGGCGCACUGGGGAAGAGGAACCACUACCAGCAGUUCCAGCCAGUGGUGACCCUGGCCAAGGGCUACACCAUGCACUGGGACCAGGCCGCCCCAGCUGAGGUCACCAUCUGGCUCAUCAACUUCAACAGGGGGGACUGGAUCAACGUUGGCAUCUGCUACCCGAGAGGAACAGCGUUCGUCGUCAUCUCAGACAUCCACAAUCGCCUCACUAAAGAGACACGCAAGACUGGGGUUUUCAUGCGAACCAUGGACCGGGAGAAAAUGGGCCACACACACCAGUCCAGGGGAUAUUACUACUGGGAAGAGGACACUGGGCUGCUGUUCUUGAAAGCUCGAGCACACAAUGAGAAGGACGACUACGCCUUCUGCUCGGUGAAGGGCUGUGAGAGGGUGAAGAUCAAAGCCAUCAUCCCCAAGGGGAGCGGCCCCAGCGACUGCAUGGCGGAGGCCUACCCUCGACACACUGAAAUGCCCAUUGUCAACGUGCCCAUGCCCAAGAAGCUAGCUCGCUUCAACGUGGUGAGAUUUCUCCUUCCUUCCUCUCUCUCUUCGUGUAUGACAACAUCCUGUUCCACCCGUCAGCAAGUGUCAGCAAGUCACUAUGAAUUUGAACUACUUCAAUUUUCAAUUCCUUUUUUUUUUUCAUUUACACAACGUCCAUUACAAUUGACAUUGUCUUAAGAGCACACAGCUCGAGACCUGAACCCAUUAUAUUAUGUAUAAUAUUAUGUAUAAUAUUAUGCAGUAAUUCUAAAAUGUCAUUGCAAACAUGAAGUAUAGUUAUGCAU